AUGCCAUCUACCCCCACAUCCUCUCCUCGCCGCGUCUUCUACGGCACUCUAGUGCACGCGGUCUCGCUCACAGAGACCGAGUACCUCGAGCAUGCCUUGCUGGGAGUCGACGAAGCGGGCGUGAUCGCGUUUGUCGAGAAGGAGGUGCCGUCGGGCCAGGUCGAGGACCUGUUACAGGCGCUCGGAUGGACGGGAGCGGAUGUGCAGGUUGUGCGGAUGCGAAAGGGCGAGUUUCUGAUGCCGGGCCUGAUCGACACACACACGCACGCUCCGCAAUUCCGGAAUCUCGGCUACGGUCAACAAUACGAGUUGUUGGACUGGCUGGACAACUUGACCUUCCCGGCGGAGAGCAAGUUCGCCGACCCGCAGUACGCACGGAGAACAUACGAAGGCGUUGUCGAGCGCGUCAUCAGCGCCGGCACUACGACCUGCUGCUGGUACGGCACGAUCCAUCAAACGACUAAGCUCCUCGCCGCAAUUUGCCACCGGAAAGGCCAGCGAGCAUUCGUCGGCAAGUGCAACAUGGACCGCAACAGCGCGCCGUAUUACCAGGAAGAGUCGGCGCAGAAGAGCCUGGUCGACACGGAGGACUACGUCAACUUUGUCCGGCAGCAGUGCGACUCGCCUUCCCUCCCUUCAUCGGCUGUCUCGCGGACUGGCCCGACUUCGCUCGUUCAGCCCAUUCUCACGCCUCGCUUCGCCAUCUCCUGCUCCGACGAGCUGAUGCAAGGACUAGGCGAGAUGCUCGACAAGGACGAGCACUUGCGAUUGCAGACGCAUCUUGCGGAGAACCCCGCAGAAGUCGAGUUCGCCCGAUCCCUCUAUCCCUCUCUCCCUUCUUACGCCGCCGCCUACGAUCACUUCCGCCUCCUCCGCCACAACACUAUCCUCGCCCACUGCGUCCUCCUUUCACACGACGAGAUGGUCCUCAUCAAGCAGCGCGACUCGGGCAUCUCGCACUGCCCCAACUCGAACUUCAACUUGCGAUCGGGUGUUGCGAGGGUUGCGGAUAUGCUAGAUAUGGGCAUCAAGGUGGGCCUGGGAACGGACAACAGCGGCGGUCUCGCGUUGGGUAUCCUCUCAGCCAUCCGAUCCGCCUCGACCGCCUCGAAGACCAUCGUCUUCUCCGAACGCGACGCGCCGCGCAAGCCCACCUCGAACGGCGCCGCCACCGAGAUCCGCUCAGCAGACGGCAUCACCCGCCCCUCGGGCUUCUUCGCUUCCUCCCACCUCCCCGUCGAGACGCUCUUCUACCUCGCCACGCUCGGCGGAGCGCAGCUGUGCGACCUGGAGGAUCGCAUCGGCAACUUUGUGGUCGGAAAGGAGUUCGACGCGUUGCUUGUGCAGACUGGGCAGGCGAGCGAGGAGGACGCGAUGGGCUGGGCGGGCGUGUCGAAAGACCGGCUGGGCGAGAACGUCAGCGGGAAGAGCGUCGAGGACGAGCUCGAGAAGGCGCUGAGUGGUGCGCAGGACGAGGGCGUCGUGCCUGUGGGCCCCAACCCGGCGUUGCUGGUCGAGCCGGACGAGUCGAUCGAGCGGGUGUUCGAGAAGUUCCUCUUCACGGGCGACGACCGCAACUUGCGAGCGGUUUUCGUGCGCGGCAGGCAGAUCGGCGGCGUCGGAUCCGUCUAG